GGACUGGCCGCCCUCCCCUCUCAGCUGCGGUGGCUCGUGAGCUAAACACGGACACAUCCCUCUCAGUUGCUCUCAUUUCGCGUCUCUUUUCUCCUCCAUGGCCGUCCGGGGCGUGCUUUGUGUCCAGCAGCGCAGCGGUUAAUGCGCGCGCCGGAUGCGCCCUCACUCCAGCAGACCGCUACAGCACGAAAGAUGGCGUCGGAGGGAGCCAGCGGAGAGCAGCCUCCUCCGGUCCAAACACUGGUAGCUGCGGUGCCGGGAGGCGUCGACACGAAAUGUGAGUUCAACAUGGAUAACCUGAGCAAACCGGAGCUGCUCACCUUGCUGAGUAUCAUGGAGGGCGAGCUGGAGGCCCGAGACCUGGUUAUUGAAGCGCUGAGGGCGCAGAGGAAGGAGGUGUUUCUGCAAGAGCGCUAUGGACACUACACCCUGACGGACCCUUUCCUGGCCCUGCAGAGGGACUUUGAAUGCAGGGUUCCUGGAGGGGACAAAGAUCGGCGGCCCCUCGGGUCCAGCCCGAUCUCCGUCUUGGAGGCUGUCAUGGCACACUGCAGGAAGAUGCAGGAACGCAUGUCGGCUCAGUUAGCUGCCGCCGAGAGCCGCCAGAAGAGGCUGGAGAUGGAGAAGCUGCAGCUCCAGAGCCUGGAGCAGGAGCACCGCAAGCUGACGGCGCAGCUGAAGGACGAGCGCGAGAAGAACAAACACAUCGUGAUGAUGCUGGUGCGCGAGUGCAAGCAGCUGGCCACGCGGGUGGUGGAGGAGUCGCAGCGCUUCGACGAGCUCCAGGCCCGCCUGGACGAGGAGAGCCGCGCCUCGGGCCGGCUGCGGGAGGAGCUGAGCGGCGAGCAGCGGCGCGGCCAGCAGGCGGAGGCCCAGAUGGAGAAGCAGCUGUCGGAGUUCGACACGGAGCGCGAGCAGCUGCGCGCCAGGCUGGGCCGCGAGGAGACGGAGAGCCGCGGCCUGCGGCAGCAGCUGGAGCAGCUCAGGACUGAACGCAGCGAGGGGAAGGACGGGGUUAAAGCUCCCCCACCUGCUGCUGCCCACAGUACACCCCCCAAACCCAAAGCUGUCGCAUCGGUUUCCGUCGCCACAGAGCCCGUAAGCUCUCGAACAGCAUCCUGCCAAACGGACUUGCCCCCUACUGAGGUUGAGGGUUCUAAGAAGACCCCCCUCACCAUACCAGUAAAACCAACCCCUGCCAACUAUGUGGGUCUCAGCUUGCCAAAAACAGCUGGAAGAGGGGUUGUCCACAGCAGCUCAGGAGGACUGGUACAGACAGAGAAUGGCUCAGAGGGCCAGACCCCCCAUGUAUUACCUACAGGGGUCAGCCCCCGUGUCCAGGCGGCCCGCUACAAGUUUCAGGAACAGGACCAAAACGGCACCGCGUCCCAGAGUCCUCCAGCCCGGGACCUCUCCCCAACAAAUCGGGACAACUUUGCGGCCAAGCAGCAAGCCUGCCACACCGUCACGCAGGUCUUGUCUCGCUUCACUAGCCCCCCCGCCGGAGGUCCGGGACUCCUCCGUCCGAGCCUACCCCACUCCGCCUCAGAGGGGGGGCCUUUUCCUGGCCGCCUGAACCACCCCAUUGGCCUUAAGUCCCCCACAGUGGCCAGGAUCGACCGGGGGAACCCUCCCCCCAUCCCUCCCAAAAAGCCAGGGCUUUCCCAGACCCCCUCCCCCCCUCACCCGCCCAUCAAGGCGGCGGGGGACAGCAGCCGCUCCCCCGGGGCCGGCCUAAAGCCAGCAACGCCCCAGCUCCCGCCCAAACCUGCCCUGGACCUGGUCCCGGCCCUGACGGCCUCUCAGGUGGGUGCCUGCUCGCCGGGGCCCGGCGGGGGCCCCCAGCAGCAGCCGGCAGCAGCAUGUGCAGAGUGCCCCCAAGCCAUCACUGUCAGUAGCCCCUCCUUCAUAAACCCCCCCUCCAUCUCCUCCUCCGUUAGUGCUCCAUGCUCACGUAGCCCCUGUUCCUCAGCAGGCAGCCCCCUGGCAACAGCAUCAGGCUGGUGUCCCUCCAUAGUCUCCCCUCUAAGCGGCAGUGGGCCUGCUGCCCUGGACAGUAGGCAACAUCUGCUCCUCCAAGCUGCUUCCCAGGGAAAUGUCACUUUAUUGUCAAUGCUGCUUAACCAACCAGACUUGACCACCACCACCAUGACCACCAUCACCUCACCGCCACCCAUCUUCACCUCUACCAGCACUGUGGAGGACACGCCCCACCUUCUUGACCCGGACUAUCACCUCAACCACAACCGAACUUCUGCCUUGCUUGCUGCUGCUCAGAACGGACAAACAGAGUGUGUAAAGCUGUUGCUGUCUUCAGGAUUACCUGCUGAUGUCUCAGAUGAAAAUGGAUUCACAUCGUUACAUCUAGCUGCCGCCCACGGCCACAGCAGCUGUGUGGAGACGCUGCUGGCUGCAGGAGCUGCUGUGGACUUGGUGGCUUCAGGGGGACAGACUCCCCUCUUUCUGGCCUGUGAGGCAGGGAGACUGGACUGCACUCAGGCCCUGCUGAAUGCCGGAGCCGAUCGCUGGCUGACCACCACAGACGGCUGCACGGUCCUGCACGCUGCCGUCCGGUCUGGACACGUGGACACGCUGCUUCUCCUCCUGCACCACCCAGCUGGUGGUGGUGAGGCCCCUGACCCGCCCGCCGUCCUGGCAGUGCCUGCUGUGCUGCUGAACCAGGCAAACAGUGAUGGCUGGACCCCUGCACACAUGGCUGCUGCCCUCGGCCUCAAGGAGUGUCUGGAGGUGCUGUGCAGCCACAGUGAGCAGGACAUCGAGAGGAGGGAUAAAUGCAACCGAACUAUUCAUGACGUGGCGACGGACGACUGCAAAGACCUGCUGGAAAACCUCAGUUGGUACCGGGUCUUGGUGCGUCUCCAGUGUUCAGGCGGAGGAAUGGACUCUGUGGGAUCUGUUGAAGCCCUCGAGGAGACGGAGGCGCAGGGGUCCUCCUGGAAUCCCCCGGUGCUGGGCAGGAUAACAGUGGACAGCUCCACGAGGUGGACCCAGCUGAGCGCCGCCCUCGGCCACCUGCUCUCCUCCCACCUUCAGAUCCUCUGUGGAGAGACUCAGCCAGCCAGAGAGGAGGCGCAGCGCUCAGUGCUGGGCCUCGGUCCCACCAGUAUCUCCUCCUUCCUUAUUGGAGACACUGUGUGGCUGCCCGGUCAGGAGCUGCCUUUAUCUCCAUGGGACCUGGUCAGAAAGCCUCUCAGUCAGUGUAUCACCAUCCGCCUCAAAGGUCUGCCUCAGUCGUGUCUCGAUGAGCUGGCUCUGGAAUCCCUCUUCCCCGUGCCGCUGCUGCACAACUGUGCCCGCCUGGUGGAGCAGUACGGAAGCCUCAUCUUUCAAGGGCUGGAGGGCAGCUGCCUGGAGUACGUUGCCAAUCUGGUCGCUCGCUGCAUCAAGUGGAAGCAGGAGGCGGGGGGCAUCAGCUGCGAUGUGGUCAGGGUGGAGGUGGACCAGAACCUGAGCAAAGAGCAGCUGCUAGACACUUUCAUCAGCUGUGGCUUCCUGGUACCGGCAGCGGGGUCGAGGUUCGGGUCUGCAGCAGGCCACACCGGUCACUGUGUGGUGAUGCUGCUGGAAGGUCUGGAGAAGGCUGCGUCCCUAACAGGCCUGCUGGGUGACCUCUGCCACAGUCUGGACAACAGGGGCGCCGCCUCACCCCUGCUUCUGAACAUGGGUUCACACCACUUCCUGGAGAACAACUUCCUGAUCGGCACUCUGUCAAAGCCCCGCCUGCAGGGAGCAGAGCUCCGUCUGCAGCAGCAUUUCCGCUGGGUGACCCUUCGCUGGGACCAAGAACCGCUGCACGGCCUGCUGGGGAGACACCUCCGCAGGAAGCUGCUCCACAAGACGGGGACCGGCCUUUGGUCACCUGACGGUCUCAUGGAGCGCUCAGUGUUGUGGGUCAGCCAGGUGUGGCAGCAGCUCAACGCUUGCCUGGCCCGUCUGGGAACCCACGAGGCUUUGCUGGGUCCGCAGCUCUUCCUGUCCUGCCCUGUGGUUUCGAACAACACACAGGCUGUAGUCAGGUGGCUGGCCCGACUCUGGAACGCCGUGGUCGUCCCCCGUGUAGAAGAGGCCGUUAUCUCCCGGGUAACGGCCAGGCACGCCGCCGCCUCCUUUCCUACAUCCUCUUCCUCGCUGCGACCGUCUCCUAGCAACUGUGGUCUGAGUGCCGGACAGCAGGCUGUGGUGAAAGCUGCCCUCAGCAUCCUGGUCAACAAGGCCGUUGUGCCGGGCUGCCCCCUCCCUCGACACGAAAUCGACAGAUACCUGCUGGAGUUUCGGGGGAGUUCUUUCCCCCUGUCGGCCCUCGGUUCCUAUUCAGGAAGCGGUGGCAGAGGAGGGAGGAGGGCGCGGGACGGCGGGAAGCUGAGACGGUCCAACACCAGCCCCCGGAAGAAAGGAGGCCUCUCCUCGAACUGGGGCUGCGGUGGUUCCUUCAGAGAGGGUUCUGUGUCCAGCUCAGACAUCAGCUUCAUGUCCAACGGCCACAG